AAAAAAAAAAAAAAAAACCUUACAAACAUUAAUUAGUGUUGAAACCCACUUUUCUAAACCCUGAGCUGCAUGAACGAGUUGGGUGCCUACCUAGACUCGGACCGGACCCGUCUCUUUUGUUCUCCGCUUUUGGCAUUCAUCGACCGGCCUACAGGAGAGUUCAAGUACCUGCCGUACAAUCUCGAUGGUGAAAGCGAGAACCUGGAGAACUACGAGCCUGGGGGAUUUCACCCUGUCCAUCUUGGCGAUGAGUACGACGGCAGGUAUCGAGUGGUCCACAAGCUCUACUUGGGUGGCUUUUCCACAGUCUGGCUUGUCCGGGACUUCAUCGACAACCGCUGGGCUGCAUUAAAAAUUGUCAUCGCUAGGGAGUCACCUGAGUAUGAGCACCGCUCUGUUAUCAACAGCGAUCCUAGCGUUUCUGGAUCCCGCUUCUUUUCUACGGUCGAACGGAAGUUCUGGCUGAACGGACCUAAUGGUCGCCACCUCUGCCUUGUAUUCCCGUUUGGAGAGCCACAAACUUGCCAACUCCUCACUUAUUCCGGCGAACCCCCAGGACCACACGGUCCUGACUACAUUGUGGCUCACCUGGACUUCUGUGCCUCCAGUACUUUCUUGAGCAGUGAAAUAUGCAUUAUCGACUUUGGCCAGUCUUUCAAGGCUAACAACUCGACCUUGGGCGAUCUUCCCGAGCAGUGGAAAGAUGUCCAAUUCGACGAGGAUGGGUUGGUUGUGAAGGAUGACGGUGACGAGAAUCAGGAGGAGCAGGGUGAACCUCUGACGCAACUGGAAACCCUAGGCGGCUACUUUACAGGCUACUCGGAGGAGACUGAUGAGAUGCUCAAGGCAUUCCCAAAGAUAGGCGAGCCUGAGGCAUCGCACCAUAUUGAUCUCCUCUCGAAGAUCUUUGUAUAUGACCCGGAGAAGCGACCCAGUGCGGAGGAGAUUCCUACGCACCCGGGGUUUCAUCUAGCCGAGGCUCAAUAA